AACAGGAAAAUGUGCAGAAGGUGCAGUAAAUCAAGCCUUCAAUGUAAGAAUAUUAUUGUGGGUUUGUCUGCAAAAUCGUGCUUUUGAGGUACACACUCCAUCGGUCCCCCCCUCAAACCCCCACUCUCUUCCUUUCACACUGUUCUUCUCUCCAGAAAAUGACUGCUUAACAGCGAUCAAUGGGGGGAGAGGAGUAGCCAAGUAGGUUAUAUAUAGUAGUACUACUCCCAAGCUGCUGCCCAUUGCGGUUUGCCUGUGGAGGCUUAAGACUGGUUUUCUUUCAGUAGAUUACCACUCAGCCAUGUCCUCCAAUCUCUCUUCUUUCAUUUUUUGCUUCUGUUUGGUGUUCCUCCUGCAAUCAGCCUGCGCUUCCAAGGCAAGGCACUUGAAAUGGGAACUGGGCUAUCUCGACUGGGCACCCGACUGUGUGCAGUCCUUUGUGAUCGGCAUCAAUGGCCAAUACCCAGGGCCAACCGUCAGAGCAAAAGCCGGAGACACCCUCGUGGUGGAGGUGACGAACAAGCUUCCCACUGAGGGCGUCGUCAUCCACUGGCAUGGAAUCAGACAGCUCGGAACACCUUGGGCGGAUGGAACUGCAGCCAUAUCACAAUGUGCUAUCAAUCCGGAAGAGACAUUUGUCUACAGGUUUGUCGUCGACAAGGCUGGAACAUUUUUCUACCAUGCGCACUAUGGAAUGCAAAGAUCUGCGGGAUUAUAUGGGUCACUAAUAGUGAACGUUGCGGAUGGACAAAAGGAGCCAUUUGAUUAUGAUGGGGAGCUAAGCCUUCUUUUGAGCGACUGGUGGCACCAGAACAUCUAUCAGCAGAUGCUUGGACUCUCCUCCAUCCCCUUCAAAUGGAUUGGAGAGCCACAGAGUUUGCUUAUUCAGGGAAGAGGGCAGUUCAAUUGCUCGCUUGCGCGUUAUUCGCAGACCACUUGGACUUAUCCAUGGCCUGAAACCAUGUGUGCUUUCAACAACACCCAGUGCACACCCCACGUCCUUCGUGUCCAACCAAACAAGACUUACAGACUGAGGAUUGCAAGCGUCACUUCGCUUGCUUCUCUUAAUUUUGCAAUUGGGGGACACAAAAUGGUGCUGGUUGAGGCAGAUGGCAAUUACCUAGAGCCUACCACUGUUGACAAGAUAGACAUAUACUCUGGGGAGAGCUACUCUGUGCUCAUCAGAACUGACCAGAGCCCAUCAACCAACUACUGGGUCUCCAUAAACGUUAGAGGGAGGAAACCCAGUACACCACCUGGGCUAGCCAUACUGAACUACUACCCGAACCCACAUACCAAACUGCCCGCCAUACCCCCACCGCCCUCCCCAGCUUGGAAUGACACCAGCUACAGCAUCUCCUUCGCUAGAAAGAUCCUUGGCAAGUCAUCCCUCAACCCGAGGCCGCCGCCUGUCGCCCAAAGGCGCAUCAUCCUCCUCAACACCCAGAACAAGAUGAAUGGCUACACCAAGUGGUCCAUCAACAACGUCUCCCUUUCCUUGCCAGUCACACCUUACCUGGGCUCGAUCAAGUUCGGGCUCAGCAAUGCUUUUGACAGUGUUGUGCCGCCGGAGAAUUUUCCGGCCGACUACGACAUCAUGCUGCCGCCGCAGAACCCGAACACGACGACCAGCACCGGUAUUUUCAGAUUUGAAUUGAACGCCACGGUGGAUGUUAUACUCCAAAACGCCAACACGUUGACUAGCAACAACAGUGAGCUUCAUCCAUGGCACUUGCAUGGGCAUGACUUCUGGGUUCUGGGGUAUGGAGAUGGAAAGUUUGACGAGAAAAGGGAUGUUAAGGGGUUCAACCUCAGGAAUCCGCCGUUGAGGAACACAGUGACCUUGUUCCCUUAUGGGUGGACUGCCCUCCGCUUUGUUGCAGACAACCCGGGGGUGUGGCCCUUCCAUUGUCACAUAGAGCCGCACCUGCACAUGGGCAUGGGGGUGAUCUUUGCGGAGGGGGAGGAGCUUGUGGGGAAGAUACCUUUGUCUGCACUGGGCUGUGGACUAACCAGAAAUCUGCUGAUCCACGGGUGAGCCUUACAGUCGUGGCUUGAGGGCGACCUGGUUCUUGAUGAUGCAUCGGUCCUGGCAUUCGAACACAACUCUCUCUUGCUCUGUGACUGUACGUCUGUGUGACUGUGUCCCAUUUGUGUUUUGUUAAUUGAGUCUCUAUUUAUUAGAUAUGCACUCUUUUUCUCUCUCUUUGUAUAUGUAUACCAGUGUGAAACUGGUUACAUGCACACUCAGUGUGCCAUUUGUGUUUCAUUAAUCUAGCCUCUAUUUAAUAGAUAUGCACGUCUUCUCCCUC